AGCAACCAUAAAAAAUAGUUCCAUAAUCUAUGUUAAAUGUUUCUUAGCCUUUUUAUCAACCUUUAGAAACUAUUUAGAGUUUAAAAGAAGAACAUGAUAAUUCAAAAAACGACUCAUUACUUAUAAUUCAAACACCUUCUCAUCGUAAAUAGCCAUCCAUUAAUUUAGUUUAAGGUCGUUUUUUAUCAUUUAUUUCUAGACUCAUAUGAUUCUAAGUAAUUUGCAGGAAUGGAAGAAUAAGAUAUUUCCCCUUUUAAUCAACAUAGAAAGAUGUUAGAAUAUAGUCCAAUUAAUUUUUAGUAUGCUCAUCAUCAACCCAAUUUUACUAUGAUUUAGGAAGAGAUCAAAGAAUUAAAAUGUUAAAUUGAUAAUAUUAACUUUGAAUAUCACAUUUGA